AUGAGGAGCAAGAUACACAGGGAAAUUGGAUCCGUGAACAUUGGAGGGGCCUUCCGUGAGUUUCGAGAGGCUCUGGCUAUCGCCUGUGGACGGAAAGAGAUCACCGUCGAAGGGCUAGGGCUAGAUUUCAGUCAAUCACAUCGUCGACCAUACGGCUCCUGCCUUGGACGCGACUUUAUUCUGAAGAUGAUGAGUGACGAACUUGCAGAAAAAAUUGAUAUAUUGAGAAACAUCAUCGGUAUUGCCGGAAUUCACUAUGUUUGUCCUUGCUGCUGGAGCGGAUUCGCCACCUCCGCCAACGUGCUGGAGCAUUGUGGUAAAGAGAAGGAUGAAUAUCAUCAAGGCCUUCUCUCGAAGAAAGUGGCACCUUUCGUUGAAAUUUAUGGGGAGCUCAUGGGACGGAGCAUCGAUUUUACUACUUUGGAUAUUGAUUAUGAUGGUCAUGGGGUCCCCGAUUUCCAUCGGUGCUUUGAAAUCGACGAAGUCCUGAAACAAAGAAGCUGGUAUCAAGGAAGACUGGAUUACAAAAAAGGCAUGGGCUAUGGCCUCGGGCAUAUUGUUUUCGACGAUUUGGAUGGAGAUUUAUAUCUAUCACAAAAGAAAGAUUAA